AGCUCCCCAGCCCCCAGAAACACCCGCAACCACAUUAUCAACAAACCUAGGGGGCAAACAGAGAAAAGGAAUCUCGAGGGUAAAAGCGUCUCUUCCGAGAAGACGAAAUGCGGCGCAAGCCCAGCGGCUCGGAGGGUUGGGGCGGUGACGCCGACUCGGGGAGCUCCGGCGAUGGCGGAGGCGGAAGCGGAGCUUCGCCACCAUCGUCGCCGUCGCCGUCGCCGUCGCCGCCACAGUACUCGCUGCGAACGCUGCCCACUCCGGACGCCUUCCUGGAUUCGUACACCUCUAAGGGAGGAUGGGACUUGGAUCCCUUAUCUCUAGAGUGGGAACUCACAAGGUUAAAAGAGCUUAGGAUCGGUUCUGAUGACUCAAUCAGAAGUCAGACAACACUGGGUGACUGGAGCAAGAGUGAUGAUAACAGGUCUGGUUCCUGCAAGCUAAGUGAUAAGAUACCUAUUGUUGUUUUGGCUGAUGAAUUCGAAGAUGGUACCAUCAUAGAAAAGAUUGGGCUUCUUAGUGAAAAAUAUGAUUUGUUCAGACCUGUUGACAGAGAUGGAAGUUGCUUUUAUCGAGCUUUUAUUUUCAGUUACAUGGAGCAUACUGUACAAAUGCAGGAUGACUUGGAGCGCAUUAUGGAAGCUUCCCGUAUCCAAGAACGUAUUCACAAAUACAAGCAAGCUGAUGAAAUGUUUUGCUCUUUUGGAAUACCUCAAAAAGAAUUCAAGAAAGCUCUUUCUGCAUUUGAACAAUUGACCAACUUACUUGAAAUUGGCUUGGAUGUUGGACAACUGGAGAUGGACAAGGAGACUGACAUUGCAACAAAUAGUGAUGUUUUGCGCUUCCUUAGGUUUCUGACUGAGAUUGAGAUCUGCACGCAUGAAGACUACUACAAGGGUUUUGUUACUCUCUCAGGAGAAUAUGCAUCUGUUCUUGAGUUUUGCCAGGUUGAAGUACGGCCUGAGAAUGCUGAAGCUAACAAUGCACAGAUCGUUGCACUUGUUAAUGCACUUGGUGUCCCCUUACUUGUGGAGAAUCUUGAUACAAGCUUGACUCAUGGUCUUGUGCUACUAAAUCAGCAUUUAUUCUACCCCAGACCAGAAUCAGAAGAGGGCGCGAUGUUGGGACCUCUGAAUUUGCAUGACACUGUCUCUUCUGAAAGCAGAGGUACACCUAUGGACCUUCAGAAUCUUCCUACCACGAGCGGCUCCUCCGUUACAAGCAGCUCAACAGAAGCAUUGGGACUGCAAUCAGUUGGUACCAGUUCAACUCCUUCCGGGGGUGGUGCUGAUGAGCGGACCAUUGACGACUUAUCCUGGGAAGAAAGAAGGCGGUUAGUGACCUUGUUGUACAGGCCUGGGCACUAUGACAUUCUUUAUCCCGUGUAGUACAACUUUCUCUGGAACAUGUUUUAGUGCUUGGUUCUCGUCAGUAACACUGAGCCGUGGCUUGUUACUUUGUUCUGCCUGAGUCGUAGAGUUGCAUAUUUCCUUGACUUGUAUAGAGGAAUGGUUUUUCUUACUGAUGGAUAGAGUUGCAUAUCCCAUAUGCUAUCUGAUAUAGUAGAACAUUCAUCCUGUUGUCACAUAGUGUGCUGUAGAGUUUCCAACACAAUUGCAUUGGUGAGAAAUGUUAACAGUGUUGUUUUUGAUGAUGUUGCCUAUGGUCAGUGUGGUAGAAGUUGAGCUUGAUUAUUCUGAUGACUGCAUCUUGCAAAGGGUGAUUGAUGAGCAAAAUAGUAAUAAUUUGAUAGUCGUGUAUAGCAU